AAAUACAUCUAAGGAAGAUGGAGGCCUUUUUCGGUAAAAAGUAUAUUAUGACUUAUGAGGAGAAUUUGGCGGAAUACUUAUCGUUUACUGGCAUCAAGAAAAUAUCACAGGGCCUUAUGUUUAGAAUGAAGGCUGUGUUUUGUCUCACUCGCACCUCCGACGGCGUCUAUACUCUUAGUCUAAGCACGGAGUUUAAGCAUUUAGAGUAUGUAUUUUUACCAGGUGAAGAGUUCGACGACAUUGACCUUGACAAUAGAAAGGGAAAGAGCGUUAUUACAAUAGAUGGCAAUGUGAUGACCAUAAUACAAAGAUCAGCGAAUGGGAAGAUAUCAAAGACCAUUUCACAUUAUUACCACGACAAAAUAAUUAUGAUAACAACGGCGUUGGGAUUUAAAAAAACUGUCAAAAGGCACCUCGAGUUAGUGCAAUAAAAUAAAUUGUACCUGGUACACAACGUUGACAUAUUGAUUAUGUACUUUUGGUAUAAAUAUCUGUAGUAUUUAUAGAAAUCAAAUUUAUAAGGACUUACGUUUAUUUAAUAAA